GCGCAUCCGCUUCGCGAGGAGCUCGACGAUCUGACGUACUCGGAUGACGUAACAACGGCACCCGCCGCGCCGAUCGCCCCGGCGCCCACCGACGCCACGCCCUGCGUCUUCGUCGACACCCCCGAGGCCCUGGAGGACAUGGUGGCGCACCUCGACAAGUCAAACGAGAUGGCGGUGGACCUGGAGCACCACUCGUACCGUUCGUUCCAGGGGUUCACGUGCGUCAUACAAGUCUCGACGCGGCGAAUGGAUUUCGUCGUGGACGCGUUGGAGCUCAGGGGGUUGAUUCGUGACGCGCUCGGGCCGGUGAUGGCGGACCCGCGCGUGAUGAAGGUGUUCCACGGCGCGGACAUGGACGUCCAGUGGCUGCAGCGCGAUUUCGGGAUAUACGUCGUCGGCAUGUUCGACACGGGACAGGCGGCGAGGGUGCUCGAGCUCCCGAGCAAGGGUCUCGCGUACCUCCUCGAUCACUACUGUUCGGUCAAGGCGGAUAAGAGGUUUCAGCUCGCGGACUGGCGAGUUCGGCCGCUCAGCGAGGAGAUGAUAUCGUACGCGCGCGGGGACACGCACCACUUGCUGUACGUGUACGACCGACUGAGGCAGCAGCUCGACGCCGUGGGUAGAGGCGACGGGUCCAAGCCGUUUCGUGAUUUGAUCCGGACGACUCUGGACAGGUCGAGGGACGUGUGCGCCACGCUGUACGAGAAACCCGUGACGCAUCCGCUGACGUACCACGCGGACUACCGCAAGAACAGGGACGCUGGGGACCUGGACCUUCCCAGGCUGGCGGUGUACGCGGCGCUGCACGGCUGGCGCGACGAGCGGUGCAGGGCGGAGGAUGAGUCGAUUGGGUACGUGAUGCCGAGGGCGCUGAUGCUGAGACUGGCGAGGGAGGCGCCGACGAACCCUCGCGCGUUGCUCGCGGUGACCAGGGGGGAUUCACCGCUGGUCGCCAAGCACUCCGGUGAGCUCGUGGACAUCAUAUCGCGCGCUUUAG